CCCUCACUCCCCCAGUGGCUCAGCGACAGGCUGUGGGGACUGACAUGCGAGGCUUCGCUGAGGAGCAUGAGGCUGAGGACGCAUCCUUGGCUGAUCAGCCGGGCGGCGGCUGCUCAUCCACCGCUGUGUUCGGAGCUAGUCGAGACUGCACAGAGGGGACUGCACAAGGGCCUCCAACAUGUACUCAGCGAACCAGGAGGGAUGACGGAUGGACCCCAGCACAAGGCGUGGGUCAGCCUCAACGCCGUCGCGGAGCUAGUGGCUCAUCUUCUCCUCGCUGCUCCUGCGACAAGAAGCGCCACAAGCGAGAUGCUCUCUGCCCUCCUCCCCGCGCUGCCUCAUCCCCUCGCCUGCGUCGUCUCAAAGGCCAUCGCGUGUGCGUUGGUCAGGAUGCAACAGACGAAUCAGGAAGUUCUCUCGCUUGUUGAUGGCAUUGCUGGGAUGGUCGACAUGAAUGAGGGCUGAUAGUGACAUCUUCAUCCCUUCCCUUUCUCCAACGUUGCCCUUUCCUGGUCUGUAAUUGCCUGUCCUGCUGUUCUCGCAUUCUUCCCUCACUGUCUUCUCUCACUGUCUUCCCUCACUGUCUUCCCCUCUCGUGCUCUCCCUCACAUGUCGCUACUUGGCUUCUCAUCACAGCUUCACUUCAAGUCUCGCUCGUUUCUCUUUCUGUUCAUUACCAGUAAAUGUAAUUAGAUGCCGUGAGGGCGCCAGACAGCGCGGGGGCGGAGAUCUCCAUCGUAGUCAUCGCCAAUGGUGUCCUCAGAGUUGUAGUUGCUGUUCACGCCAAAGAGACCAGAAUCAUCGUAUCCUCCAAACGCUCCAUCGAAAGAGUUGCCGGUAGAGGGCCAGUUGGUGUAGAGCAUCUGCAACAACAUGAGGAGACAACAACCACCAACGAGCAGACAGGCAGCUUCGCUCACUAACAACACAUCGACACGUCGAAUGAAAUUAUAAACCGUUCAUGCAUAAACAUGUUCCAACUUGUUUUUAUCUCUCAAUACUUCCCUCAUCCUUCACUCUCCUUAUCAGACCUCGUCUUUUCUCGUACCAAUCCUUCUAUCUUCUCAUGCUGACCCCUUGAAUGCUCGAUGACGUAUCCCCUCAACCAAUGUCUUCCUCUCCUUCUCCUUCUCUCCUAUACUUUCUCAAUCUUUACUCCGGGGUGACAGCGCCCUGCGUAAACAAGUCCACCCGACCAUCAUACGUUUCUUUAGAAGAAGCUACUCUGUAUGCUUCUCUUCUUCCUCCUACUGCACAGCCUCCUAUCUGGCCUUCUUGUUUUCCAUCAUCUCAUCAUUAUGACAUUCACCACCGUCACAAUCAUUACAUACAAUUUCAACUCUAUCAUCUUCGUCGUAUUCAUUCUCGUGUCAAUAAUCAUCAUCAUCAUCAUCAUCACCAUCACAAUCUUCAUCAUCUUCAUCAUCAUCAUCUCCAUCCUCCUCCUCUUACCUGCUUGGGGGCGAAUUUGAU